AAAAAAAUGUUUGUGGCAGAAUAAGCUUCCUAUUUAUAGGUGAAGUAGUACUCUCCAGUCUCCAUGCCUGAAUGCCUCUAUAUCUUCUCCGCUAUGCUUCCUCCAUGUUGGGAUGAAAUUCUUAGAAGCGGUCGUACACUUAUGGAUCCAACCUUGAUAGGGGUUCUAAUAGUCUUGGCCUCUAUUCUCAUCCUAUCCACCGCCCGUUUUAUCCCCAGCAAGAAGAAAAGAUCCUGGAAUCUUCCUCCGGGCAGCCUCGGAUGGCCGGUGAUCGGCGAAUCGGUGGAGUUCGUCCGCUUAAGCCGGGAAGGGAGGCCGGAGAAAUUCGUGGCGGACAGAGUGAGCAAAUACAAGUCGAGGGUAUUCAAGACUAGCUUGAUGGGCGAGGCGGUGGUUGUGCUGAGCGGCCAGGCCGGGAACAAAUUCCUGUUCAGCAACGGGAGCAAGCUGGUGGCGUCGUGGUGGCCGGUCGCCAUACAGAAGCUGUUCGGAGUAUGCCUGUCAACCAGUAACGGUGAGGAAGCGAAGCAGAUGAAGAAGCUGAUAUCAUACUUCUUAAGCCCGGCUGCUAUCCAGCAUCUCUACAUUAAAAAAAUGGAUUUUGUCACGCAACAGCAUCUUCACACUCACUGGCACGGUGAUGAGACAGUGAAAGUGUUCCAUGUUGUGAAGUUGUAUACUUUCGAACUAGCUUGCCGCUUCUUUAUGAGUGUUGAAGAUCCAAACCAGAUAAACAAGCUUUCGGUCCUAUUCCACAUUGUGCUCAAGGGAGUCAUAUCACUGCCUCUUAAGGUCCCGGGGACGAGAUUUUACUAUGCAACAAGAGCCAGUGCUCUUAUCAAGGAAGAGCUUCUUGCGAUUUUAAAAGAGAGAAGAGAAAUGAUGAGGCAGAACGGAACUUCAACCGCCAAUGAUCUUCUCUCACAUUUGCUUCUCACACCGGACGAUGAUGGGAACUUCAUGUCUGACUUGCAUAUAGUGAACAAUAUACUUGUGCUUUUGUUUGCUGGCCAUGACACUUCCAGUGUAACUAUCACCCUGCUUGUAAAGAAGCUUGGGGAGUUGCCUCAUGUUUAUGAAAAGGUCCUUCAAGAGCAAAUAGAGAUUGCAUCAUCAAAAGAAGCUGGACAGUUUCUUAAUUGGAAUGACAUACAAAAGAUGAAGUAUUCAUGGAAUGUUGUUUCUGAAGUUAUGAGGCUAUAUCCUCCUGUCCCUGGAACUUUCAGAGAAGCACUUGAGGACAUCACCUAUGAAGGUUAUGACAUUCCCAAAGGCUGGAAGUUUUAUUGGGAUGCUCCGAAUACACAUCUCGAUAAGAGUUUUUUCCAAGACCCGAUGAAUUUUGACCCAUUGAGAUUCGAAGGAGGCCACCCGCCUUACACAUAUAUCCCCUUUGGAGGAGGGCCGCGGAUGUGCAUUGGUAAAGAGUUUGCUCGGUUGGAGAUACUAAUUUUUUUACACAAUCUCAUUACGAGAUUUAGGUGGAGCUUACUUGUGCCAGAUGAGAAAGUGCAAUAUGAUCCCAUGCCCACUCCUGUUGAAGGUCUUCCUAUUUGUCUUCAUUCCCAUAACUUGUGAAAGCGUACACACUUUCUAAAUGUAACAAGAAAGAUAUGUGAAAUAGUAUUAUGUUCUUCUCUUGUUUUUUAGAUUUUUAUAAUUCAAUAAACAUAAUAAUCCUUGACUAAAUUUUAUUUUUAUUUCUGAUUUUUGUGAUAGUUUUAUUUGUACAUUUUGUAUUAAAUGUUAUAAACAUGUCUAAAAUUUUACAUUC